CAACCGAUGAAGCCAAAGAAUGUCUGCCCUGCUUCUUCCAUCUUCCUCCUUCUUCGUGCUCCAGCUGCGUUCUCCAGCGAGUCGUCAUCCCAUUCCAUCCUCCAUCUCCUCAUCCUUCUCAUCUCCCUUUCUCGUCUCCCCCUCGUCGGAGGUUUUCCUCGACCCCUUACCCUAAUUUAGACGAUCCCAACCAGGUCUUGAGUUACGUGAGGAGAAAUUGCAGAGCUGGUGGUGGUGGGUUUACGAGUGUCGGUGAUGCCCUGUGUUGCUUCGGUAAAAUGAUAAAGGCGAGCCCUUUGCCUUCCUCCGGGGAUUUCAGUCUACUGUUGGGUGCUAUAGUGAGGAUGAAGCACUACUCGACUGCGAUCCGCUUGAUUGAGCGGCUGCCUUCUUUGGGGGUCGAGGAUGAUGUUGUGUUGCUCACUAUUUGGAUGAAUUGCUUCUGCCGGUUAAGGCGGGUUGAUUUGGGUUUGUCUAUUCUGGGCAGAAUCUUCAAGCUUGGGUUUCCCAUCACUGUGGUGACGUCGAGCACCCUGAUUGACGGUCUCUUUAUUCAGGGCAAAACUGAUCAAGCCUUGAGGUUCCUCGAUGAUAUGGGACGAAAUGGCCCCGAACCUAAUGAGACCACGUAUGCGAUAAUUGCCAAGGGGUUAUGCAGGGCAGGUAACACCAGAUUGGCCGUUGAAUUGCUGAGGGACUGGGAAGAGAGAAGCUGCAGGCUCGGUUCCUUUGCAUACGGCAUAGUAAUUGAUGGUCUUUGCAAGGAGGGAUUGAUCACAGAGGCGUUGAGACUCCACGGCAUUAUGAGCAAGAAAGGCGUCAAACCAAAUGUUGUUACUUAUAACACCUUGAUCCACGGUCUGUGCGAUGUAGGCCAGAUGGAAGAUGCUCUCAUAUUGUUGAAAGAGAUGACAAGCGGAGGCAUCCAACCCGACAUAUUCACUUAUAACUCCUUGGUUCAUUACUUGUGCAAGCUAGGCCAAUGGAAAGAUGCGACGGUCUGGAUGGAGAAGAUGAUGGAGGCAGGAAUUGAACCGGAUGUCGUUACUUAUACCUCUGUCAUUCAAGGAGUGUGCAAUUCCGGCCAAUUGAAAGAGUCCCAAAGACUGCUGAGUCAUAUGGUGCAAAGCAGAGUCAUGCCGAAUGUUCAAACCUUCAAUAUUCUGGUGGAUGCACAUUGUAAAGAGGGAAUGCUUGUAGAGGCAGAGGCCAUAAUCAACCGGAUGAUUCAAUUAGGUUGGGAACCUAGAAGCCGGGGGAGCUAA